AUCUUCACUCUUGAAGUUUUGUCAGCAAAUCUCUCAAGACAGUCUGUGGGUGAGGAGUAUUGGAGCUUUUGCUUCCAUGCUCCCUGGAGGCUUUGAUUAAUGUCCAGCAGUCUGUGGGGGAGGGGUGUUGGAGCUUGAGCUUCCCUGCCCUUUUGAUGGGAUUAAGUCCAGUUGGUUUGGACUUGAUAUGCCCUGAGGCCAAACCCUCCUGGAAGGGGGUCUCAAUAUGAAGUGUCUCUGCUGCUGCAUCUAGGCUUCCCCCUCUGGGCUCCUUUUUUAACUCCUUCCCCACCAUCUGUGUUCCGCCCUUUCCCUUCACACCAGCACCUUUGCCCGCCCAGAGGUUCCAGCUACUGCUGGAGGCUUAGCGCUCUAGGUGGGGAAGAGGUCCUGGGACCUUCUUCCUUCUCCCUUCCCCUUAAACUAGAGUGUUCCCAAAUUCCAUCUUUGGGGAGGUGUACCUUGUCCAGCAUCCUGCUGGGUUCCUUGGCUCUGUCUUGUUAGCUUUGAUUUUUAGUCCCCCAGGAGCAUUUAGUUUGUCAUUUUUAAGGAAGGGUUUUUAGAGGUGUGAACUUUUGCCACCUUGACUCCACCAUCCCUCCACUGUGAUGCAACAGUUGAUCCACUAUUAUUCAUUCUCAGUAUUUGACAUCCUAUAAUAUGGUACAUCUACAAGCCAAAGGCUCAAGGAGUUUGAAAUUAAUAUGGUGUAUUAGAAUAAGGUGGUAGGCCACCUUGUUAUGUAGUAGAGGUAAAACAUGAAGUUGAGCAUAGCUUAUGGAGAGCUUUUAAAUCUAGAUAGAUGAAUGAAUUAAAAUGAGGUUAGAUUGGAACCAGAGAUACUAACAUUGAGGUUUUUCAGUAAUUCAGUAAGUUGAUAUAGGUCUGAAUCAAAGUACUGUUCUAAGAAGUGUCAAAACGCAAAUUUGAUAGACACUGAACAGGAAGAAUAGACAGUAUUUUUUGUUAGAGUAUAGGGCAUGUUGAUUUAAACACUGAAUUGAAUAAAGGAGAAGGAAUAUUUUUGCAAAGCCCUGAUACUUACAAAUUCAGCUGUCUGUUGAGAUAUGUUCUGGCCUCAUAAAGAUAUGCAUAUCUUUAUGAUACUAAUGUCUUAGUAUUUUUGUGAAAAUAGUUUUGACCUCAUAGAACUCAUAAAACAUCUUGAAAAAAGAUGCCUAGAAUUCCAGAAAUCCUAAGACCACACUUAGAGAACCAUGUCAGAAAAUAGUUCUUUGUUAUAGCUUUCCUUUCCUCUUCCUACAGUAAUCUAAAUAUUUUUUUUUUUUUGCUAUCUCUAUGUGUUUCAUCAAGUCAACAAGUAUUUAUUAAGUUCCACUUGGGAUAACAGAGAAAGUAAUAAAUAGUCCCUGCCCCCAAGGACCUUCCAUUAUAAUGGGAAAUAAAACAUGAAAAAAUUAUUCAGAAACAGAAUAUAGUCAUGUAUUGGAGCUACUCUGACAGGGGGAAUCUGGAAGGUUUCUUUGUAGAAGGUGGUGUUAAUUGAAUCUUCAGGGAUGAGGGAGUGGGAAGUCCCAGACACUAGGACAAACCAGCCAGUAAAAAUUCAAGGAAUUAGGCCAUAAGAAGUGGUCUUUAAAUUGAAAUUAGAGAAUUUUAUAUUUGAGUUGGUUUGACCAAGUUGUCAUUUGGCUUUGAAAAAAAGAAAAGUUUAAAAACAGUCAUUCUAAUAGUAAUUCUGAACUUGCGAUUCAGUCUCUAACUUUAGGCUAGCCUCCUCUUUUUUCAAAAACCCGUACCUUCCCUCUUGGAAUCAAUACUGUGUAUUGGUUCCAAGGCAGAAGACUGGUAAGGGCUAGUCAAUGGGGGUUAAGUGACUUACCCAGGGUCACACAGCUGGGAAGUGUCAGAGGCCAGAUUUGUCAACCAGGAUCUCCCAUCUCUAGGCCUGGCUCUCAAUUCACUGAUUCCAUAGGAGUGAUGGAAAAUAUUGGUAAGAAGAUGUUACCUUUAUGAAGAUCCAGCACAGAACUUUGUGAAGGAAUGCUCAGAAAGGCUGUUCGCUGCUACGAAUCUCUAAUCUUAAAAGCUGAAGGAAAAGUUGAAUCUGAUUUCUUUUGUCAGUUAGGUCACUUCAACCUCUUAUUGGAAGAUUAUCCAAAAGCAUUAUCUGCAUACCAGAGGUACUACAGUUUACAAUCUGACUACUGGAAGAAUGCUGCCUUUUUGUAUGGCCUUGGUUUGGUCUACUUCCAUUACAAUGCAUUUCAAUGGGCAAUUAAAGCAUUUCAAGAGGUGCUUUAUGUUGAUCCCAGCUUUUGUCGAGCCAAGGAAAUUCAUUUACGACUUGGGCUUAUGUUCAAAGUGAAUACAGACUAUGAGUCUAGUUUAAAGCAUUUUCAUUUAGCUUUGGUUGACUGUAAUCCCUGCACUUUGUCCAAUGCUGAAAUUCAAUUUCACAUUGCCCACUUGUAUGAAACUCAGAGAAAGUAUCACUCUGCAAAGGAAGCUUAUGAACAACUUUUGCAGACAGAAAACC